AUGUCAACCAUUUCACAAACAGCGCGUCGGCUUUUCCGAUCGCAAAACCUUUCAACAUUCAGAAUAUACUCGCCCGCAGCGCCUAUCGCGCGUCUUCACCAACAAGGUCCAACACGGUCGGCAGUGGUUCACAAUCAAGCCCUCCCUAGCCAAACAGAAGCACCCCAGUUCCUUUCUCAGACCCAGUCACAAUCACCACACCAUGGAUCCACAACUCUCGACGCCCUUGUUUCCCAAAUCCCUCUCGUCCAAACCCUCCGCGAAACACACAGCACCUACAAGGAAACCCGUCCCCAUCUCGCAAUCCCACCACCUAUCAGACAGCACCACUUCGUAGGUGGCAGCUUAGCUGGUCCAGGCAAGCUUGCCUUCGCACCAUACAUGUGGCUAUCGACCAGCAAAACCGAAGAACAGACCGAGAAAGCCGACCGAGCCAGCAACGUUGUAUCGGUAUUCCACAUCGGUCAGGAUCUCUGCGGUCACCCGGGCUUUGUCCAUGGUGGUCUGCUUACUGUUCUCUUUGACGAGGUGUUUGCGCGCUGUGCCUCUGCGGUUCUUCCCAGCGGGCUGGGUAUGACGGCUAAUCUUAAUGUGGAUUUCCGGAAACCGGCUCUUCCCGACCGCAUGUAUGUGCUGCGCACGAAGACGGUUAAGGUUGAGGGUAGGAAGGCUUGGGUUGAGGGUCGGAUGACUUAUCUUCCUUUGGCUUUGCUACCUUCUGCGGACUCGAAUGGCAUCGUUUCGGAUGCUAGUUUGCUAAAGGAGGAUAGCGAAGGUGCGGUUAUGGUUGCUGAGGCCAAGGCUUUGUUUAUUGAGCCUAAAUUUGCGGAUUCUAUGGUGAAGAUUUAUGCGAACUAG